CAUCAUGGCACAGGAAAAAUCGAACGACAGUAAACCUGGAAACAGUCUUCUGAUUAGUGUAGUAAAAAUGUCAGUGUUAGCGGUGCUUCAUAUAGCAUCGUGGGCGUCGUGCGUUGUUUUGGGGUCGUCGGUACUUUGGAUUCGAUUACAGGAAGAUUUACAGGCAACGUUUUUCGGCAUUGCUGGUGUUUCUAUAUGGUGUUCAAUCCCUUUCAUAGUUACGGGAAUAAAUUGCAUCGCCACGAGUAAAUCUCAAACGAUACGAAGCAUUUCUUGGCUCGUGCUGUGGGCAGCAAUCAGUACAGUCUUCGCAUUUGUUUUAUUGAUCUACUCGACCCUUGCAAUUGCGUCUGAGGCACCGCUGGCAUCCAAUCGACACCAAAAGUUGAUUAUCGCGGCUAUUACAACAUUCAUUUCUUUUCUUGAACUAAUAGCAUCCGUGACGUCAUUUCUUCUUGGUCAUCACGUGAUUGGAUGGAAUUGCAGUUUUUCGUCCAAGGUAGGCCCGAAAAUGCGCGCAGUCAACGGCAAUAUUCGUUCCGCCAGACUGGAUGGGAUCGGUGACUCAGAAGUCGGUCUCGUCACAGUAAUGGCUUUGCCACCUCGGGAGGCGGCGGAGUUGUUUCUUGCAAUGUACAGGCCGUUUCUUGGCAAUAAUUUCCAAGCAGGUAUGCAGCCUGCUGGUGGUGACUUUCUUUCUGCAGAACCUCAAGGAGUACCUUAUGAUAAUUUUCCCAGCGAACGGAGACAGCACCAUUCCCAUGCCGAAGAAAGACGGCGAAGAAGAAAACAUCAUAAACGACAGCAAGGAAUCAGACAGGGAUCACCUGACGCUGAGAUUAUACCUAAUGCUGGUUUUAUUCCCGAGGAAAGUGGGUCAAAUAAUGAAGAAAACGACAGCGCAGAGGAAAUGCAGACGCAUGAAAGAGUGAGCAAAAACAGUUCCGAACGAAGAGACGGAUUGCCUUCAAAAAAGUAUUCCUUAUAUAAAAAUAUUUUUAAAAUGUCCGGCGCCGUGGUAUAGUGGUUAGCGC